UUCUUCUUCUUCUUCUUGAUAUAAGAGCAGCCGGGGUGGCUUCUGGAAGGCGAUUCCCUUCCGACACUGGCGCGUUCGCGGACUGGGUGGCCCCCUCGGCCGCCACAGCCAGAGGCGACGACCUCUGCCUCGGCUUUAAUGGCGGCGGCGGAGGAGGAGGGGGAGGGGGAGGCGGAGGCGGCGGGGGAGUAGUGUGGGCUGGCCCUGGCUCGUCGGCCGCGGCUGGGGGCGGUGGUGGGAGGCAAGACAUUAAUUACGGGAUACCUACCGAUAUGGGCAUGGUGGUGCUGGCCUCCGCCGCGUCCUUCCACCAGCAGCACCACCACGAGUCGCUGCUCGCCUCUGCCGCGGCGGAGCAGCACCCCAUCAUCCCCCUCCUCGCCGCUGCGCCGUGCCUUGUCGAGGAUGACAACCCCGCUGCGCGGGCCAAGCCCGGCGGUAUCCACCUCUGGCAGCCGGUCCUGCCCCAGCCGCCUCACCACCUCCCGCCCGCCCAUGGAAGCAACCCUAACCCUAAUGUCACUCUCUCCAAUUACCUCAGAAAGCCCGUGCCUAUGCUCGAUCCCACCGGAAUUAUCGCGGGUGCCGGCGCCGUCGCCGCGGGGGGAGGGACGUCUACGUGCCAGGACUGCGGGAACCAGGCCAAGAAGGAUUGCAGCCACCGGAGGUGCCGGACGUGCUGCAAGAGCCGCGGGUUCGAGUGCUCGACCCACGUCAAGAGCACCUGGGUCCCCGCCGCACGCCGCCGCGAGCGCCAGGUCUCCGCCGCCGCCGCGGGCUCCUCCGCCUCCACCUCGGCGCCCAAGAAGCCCCGCCUCGUGGCCUCGCAGACCGGGACCGCCUCCCACACCUCCACCUCCAACACCACCCCUCCUCGUAGCUUCGACACGACCUCCAGCCACCAAGACGCGAACGUCAAAGAGAGCCUCCCGGCGCACGUACGAGCCCCGGCGGUGUUCAAGUGCGUGCGAGUCACAUCCAUCGACGACGGCGAAGACGAGUACGCCUACCACGCCAUGGUCAAGAUCGGCGGGCGCGUCUUCAAGGGCUUCCUCUACGACCAAGGCCUCGACGACGGCGGCAGCCACGCCGACGACGCCAAGGACGCCAUUCCCAACAUCUCGGAGCUGCACCUCGGGAACAGAAACGGUGGCGCUUCUUCGUCGUCGCCGAUGCUUCCCUCCGACGUCUUCGGAGGCAGCGGUGGAUUGAUGGGAGGCACCAACUACGGUAACCAAAUGAACUGAACUCCUCCUCAGCAUUCUCACACACGCACCCAAUCCUCUCACUGAGCUCAACAAUCCCAUCUUUUUUAACGUCGUCGUCUUGUGUUAUGUGAGACCAUGGAUGCCCGGAGGUGGCCGUGAGGGGUUGGUUGGUUCUACAUGUUGUAACCAUAUGUGUCUUCUCUAUCGACUCGCCUUCUUCUUCUUUCUACUUGAGAGACUAUUAUUUCUCGUUCUAAUAAUUCUAUUUGUUGCAUCCUCUCUCUCUCUCUCUCUCUCUCUCUCUCUCUUCCGGUCUUCUUCCAUGUGCAACACAGUGUUGCACUGCUAUGAGGUGAUUGGGGCUUUCUAUUCUUUGACUUCUCUCCCAAAUAUGCUUUCUAUUUCGAGGAAGGAAAGUGGUGCAACGCAGUUGCAUUAGGGUGGGAGCCUGCGCCCUCUUCUCGACUGUUUCAUUCAUGUGAUAUGGUGGGAGGAUGUGUUCUUUAUAAAUGGCUUCAUGCCUUUCAAUUUUGCUGGGUGUGUUGAGAGUGGGUGUGGGUGCUGUAGGGCACUGCAUUGGAACUUGCAUCCGAACGACGCUUUCUCCAUCAGAGCAAUGGGUAGAACGGUUCAUCGACUGGCCGUAAGUGAAACAUGGCCUGCUUUUACUGCUUGCUUUCUUUUCCGAGGGGUGUUGAUAUGGCAUCAGGUUUACUGUUCUUCCUGUUCUUUUUGCCAUCCCAUCAACUCUUGCCUGUGAACCUCAUCAUAGCUGCACAAUGUAUUGCUGUGCUUGCAUUAUUUAAUUGUAUUUGUAGCUUAA